AUGUACCUGAAAAAAGCUCUGGAGCGUGGCGACCAGUUACUAGAAAAACUGGGAGUGGAGGAGGACGGGGGCGAUCCCAGACUCGGAAGCACCCCCAAGCCACACCGCCUUCGAGCACCUCCUCGGAGGUCCCAACACUUCUUAGCCGAGCUCAGCCCCAGCCCCACCCAGCCCAAACCAGCCCAGCCCCACCCAGCCAGCCAGCCCAGUCCAGCCCAGCCCCAGCCCAGCCCCAUCCAGCCCCAGACCCCCCCACCCCAGCCAGCCAAGUCCAGCCCCAUCCAGCCCCAUCCCCACCCAGCCAAGUCCAGUCCAGCCCAGCCCCACCCAGCCCAGUCCACAGUCCCUCUCCACCCUCCAUCCACCGCUACCCACUGUUACCGUCCCAACUCUACCCUCACCUCUACCAGCAGUCCCUCUCCACCCUCCAUCCACCGCUACCCACUGUUACCGUCCCAACUCUACCCUCACCUCUACCAGCAGUCCCUCUCCACCCUCCAUCCACCGCUACCCACUGUUACCGUCCCAACUCUACCCUCACCUCUACCAGCAGUCCCUCUCCACCCUCCAUCCACCGCUACCCACUGUUACCGUCCCAACUCUACCCUCACCUCUACCAGCAGUCCCUCUCCACCCUCCAUCCACCACUACCCACUGUUACAGUCCCAACUCUACCCUCACCUCUACCAGCAGUCCCUCUCCACCCUCCAUCCACCACUACCCACUGUUACCAUCCCAACUCUACCCUCACCUCUACCAGCAGUCCCUCUCCACCCUCCAUCCACCACUACCCACUGUUACCGUCCCAACUCUACCCUCACCUCUACCAGCAGUCCCUCUCCACCCUCCAUCCACCGCUACCCACUGUUACCGUCCCAACUCUACCCUCACCUCUACCAGCAGUCCCUCUCCACCCUCCAUCCACCGCUACCUACUGUUACCGUCCCAACUCUACCCUCACCUCUACCAGCAGUCCCUCUCCACCCUCCAUCCACCGCUACCCACUGUUACCGUCCCAACUCUACCCUCACCUCUACCAGCAGUCGCCCUCCACCCUCCAUCCACCGCUACCCACUGUUACCGUCCCAACUCUACCCUCACCUCUACCAGCAGUCCCUCUCCACCCUCCAUCCACCGCUACCCACUGUUACCGUCCCAACUCUACCCUCACCUCUACCAGCAGUCCCUCUCCACCCUCCAUCCACCGCUACCCACUGUUACCGUCCCAACUCUACCCUCACCUCUACCAGCAGUCCCUCUCCACCCUCCAUCCACCGCUACCCACUGUUACCGUCCCAACUCUACCCUCACCUCUACCAGCAGUCCCUCUCCACCCUCCAUCCACCGCUACCUACUGUUACCGUCCCAACUCUACCCUCACCUCUACCAGCAGUCCCUCUCCACCCUCCAUCCACCACUACCCACUGUUACCGUCCCAACUCUACCCUCACCUCUACCAGCAGUCCCUCUCCACCCUCCAUCCACCGCUACCCACUGUUACCGUCCCAACUCUACCCUCACCUCUACCAGCAGUCCCUCUCCACCCUCCAUCCACCACUACCCACUGUUACCGUCCCAACUCUACCCGUACUCUCCACAACCCCACCCAUCCCCAGAACUCUACCCGUACUCUCCACAACCCCACCCAUCACCCAGAACUCCACCCGUACUCUCCACAACCCCACCCAUCCCCAGAACUCUACCCGUACUCUCCACAACCCCACCCAUCCCCAGAACUCCACCCGUACUCUCCACAACCCCACCCAUCCCCAGAACUCUACCCGUACUCUCCACAACCCCACCCAUCCCCAGAACUCUACCCGUACUCUCCACAACCCCACCCAUCCCCAGAACUCCACCCGUACUCUCCACAACCCCACCCAUCCCCAGAACUCUACCCGUGCUCUCCACCCUCCACCCAUCCCCAGAACUCUACCCGUACUCUCCACAACCCCACCCAUCCCCAGAACUCCACCCGUACUCUCCACAACCCCACCCAUCCCCAGAACUCUACCCGUACUCUCCACAACCCCACCCAUCCCCAGAACUCUACCCUACUCUCCACAACCCCACCCAUCCCCAGAACUCUACCCGUACUCUCUACAACCCCACCCAUCCCCAGAACUCUACCCGUACUCUCCACAACCCCACCCAUCCCCAGAACUCUACCCGUACUCUCUACAACCCCACCCACCACCCAGAACUCUACCCGUACUCUCCACAACCCCACCCAUCCCCAGAACUCUACCCGUACUCUCCACAACCCCACCACCACCCAGAACUCUACCCUACUCUCCACAACCCCACCCAUCCCCAGAACUCUACCCGUACUCUCCACAACCCCACCCAUCACCCAGAACUCCACCCGUACUCUCCCUGCUCUCCUAA